GUAUUAUAAGAAACCUAGAUAUUAUUUAAUGUAUAAAGGAGAAUAUAUAGUUUAUAUGCAAAUAAAAACUUUCAUUAUAUAAGGAGUUUUAGCAUCUUUGGAUUUUGGUAUCCUGGAAGGGGUGUUGUGGGUAUUGGAUGGUCCCCUACCUACCCUCAAUUUCCCUCAGAUACCUGGGGACAGUUGUAUGUUGACUUAAUGAGUAAGCCAUUUUCCUUGAUGAAAUAAGCAAUUAUACUUGAUGGAAUAAGCAGCUUUUACUUACAAAUUAGCAGUUUGUUGAUUUUUUAAUAUUAAAAAAUUGACUUAUUUUCUAGCUCUUGUUAAAUAACACAUAUUGCUAUUAGUAUUUUUUUAGACUGUUCUUUUAAACUUUUUUUUUUUAAAGAAACUGUGUAUAGUCUUUAGUCUGGUUUAACUCCGUUCAUAUUAUCCUUAUAAUUGUUUAAAACUUCUUUAUACUGAUACAAUUUUUAAAUGUUUUGUUUCAUUUAGAUCUGUUCAUUGAGCUAGGGAGAUGUGGUGAUAUGUUGCAGCUUCCAAAAUCUCAGUGUUAUAAAAUUAAUGAAAGUUUCUCAGUUUCUUCAGACACGAAGCAGGGUCAAAUGGGGAAUCAGAAAGGGAUUGGGCAGCUCUCCAGGUAGGUCCUUCACAAAAUGAUGACUCAAGGGCUCAGCUCUCCUCUGAGCUGUCCUUCUUCCCUUAUGGCUCUUCUGUUCCCCCUGCUACCCUAGAGUCCCCUGCUAGAUUGCUGUGCCAGUUGGUGGGUGAAGAGAGAGUAAGCUGUGGAUCUUUCAGGAUAUUCUAAAGUGUCAAACUUAGAAGUAGAUACAUCAUUUUUGCCCACAUUGCAUAGGUUGGGGCCCUGUGACUAGUUCUGGCCAAAGUGCUGGGGAGGCUGGGAAAUAACACUUAUGAUAUAAAAAACAAGAUUGGUGAGUACCUAGUUGCUUUCUGCCAUAGGUGAUAUUAUCUCCAUUUUUACAAAUGACAAAACAAGUUUUAAAUGAUUUACUCAGUUUCACACACUGAUAAAUGAAACUGAAAGUCUGAUUCACAGUCUAGUAUUUAUGUGAUUUAUGGCUGCUCAUCAGUUCCACAUCUUGUCCUGGAGCUGUCAUACUUGAACAGAGUUUUAAAUUUGGUCAGGGAGACAAAUACAACUUUUUUGCAAUCACUGUGACUUUUGUUGGCAGUUUACAGGGUAAUUUAUUUAAAUUAUUUUCCUUUUCUAUUUUGUUUUUCGAGCCAUACUUUGUCUUUUAGAAUAUAUCCUUCAGGUUAUAAGUAGUAUGCACUUCGCUUGCUAUAUUCUUAUGGAUUCUUCACGACAACAUAAUCAGCUUUUAUUUAAAGUAAAUUAAAAGACACAUCAGCAUUUGAUUACCAAAAGCAUGCUAAGUAUUAAGUAGAGUUUAAGAACCUAAUGCCCUCACACUGUCUCUUUCUCUUUCCUUCCUAAAAGGGAAUAAAAAUCCUAAGAAGUUGCUUCUCUGUUGUGAACUGCUUUUCCUCAUAUAAGGAACACUUGUUCUAACAGUUGGUCAUAUCAGUUAAAGACGUUCUUAUCAUGUCCCACAUACCACUGAUUUGUAGCCAGAGUAUUCACUACUUUGUAUUGUAAUAAAAGUUCCUUUUUGUUUUGAAGUUUGCUUGGCCCCUCUUUUCUUGGAGAGUUUGAGGUGGUAUCAACAUCCUACAGAAGAAGAAUUAAGAAUUCUUGCAGGGAAACAGCAAAAAGGGAAAAGCAAAAAAGAUAGGAAAUAUAAUGGUCACAUUGAAAGUAAGCCAUUAACCAUUCCAAAGGAUAUUGACCUUCAUCUAGAAACAAAAUCAGUUACAGAAGUGGAUACUUUAGGAGGCCUUCUAAAAAAUGAUGUUGAUGUUUUGGACUACACUCUGGUAGAAGUAAACCAGAAUACCUAUGCCAACUGAGAUGCAAAGGCAUUGCAUUACUUUCCAGAAUACCAGUGGCUGGUGGAUUUCACAGUGGCUGCUACAGUUGUGUAUCUAGUAACUGAAGUCUACUACAAUUUUAUGAAGCCUACACAGGAAAUGAAUAUCAGCUUAGUCUGGUGCCUACUUGUUUUGUCUUUUGCAAUCAAAGUUCUAUUUUCAUUAACUACACACUAUUUUAAAGUAGAAGAUGGUGGUGAAAGAUCUGUUUGUGUCACCUUUGGAUUUUUUUUCUUUGUCAAAGCAAUGGCAGUAUUGAUUGUAACAGAAAAUUAUCUGGAAUUUGGACUUGAAACAGGGUUUACAAAUUUUUCAGACAGUGCGAUGCAGUUUCUUGAAAAGCAAGGUUUAGAAUCUCAGAGUCCUGUUUCAAAACUUACUUUCAAAUUUUUCCUGGCUAUUUUCUGUUCACUCAUUGGGGCUUUCUUGACAUUUCCUGGAUUACGGCUGGCUCAAAUGCAUCUGGAUGCCCUGAAUUUGGCAACAGAAAAAAUUACACAAACAUUACUUCAUAUCAACUUCCUGGCACCUUUAUUUAUGGUUCUGCUCUGGGUAAAACCAAUCACCAAAGACUACAUUAUGAACCCACCACUGGGUAAAGAAAGUAUCCCUUUAAUGACAGAAGCCACAUUUGAUACUCUGCGACUCUGGUUAAUAAUCCUGCUGUGUGCUUUGCGGUUGGCCAUGAUGCGUAGUCACCUGCAAGCUUAUUUAAAUUUAGCCCAAAAAUGUGUGGAUCAGAUGAAGAAAGAAGCAGGGCGAAUAAGUACGGUUGAGCUACAGAAAAUGGUGGCUCGAGUCUUUUAUUAUCUUUGUGUCAUUGCACUGCAGUAUGUGGCGCCUCUGGUAAUGCUGCUUCACACAACUCUGCUUUUGAAAACACUAGGUAAUCAUUCCUGGGGAAUUUAUCCAGAAUCAAUCUCUACCUUACCAGCGGAUAAUAGUCUACUUUCCAAUUCUGUUUACUCUGAAUUACCAUCAGCUGAAGGGAAGAUGAAGGUAACUGUUACGCAAAUAACAGUGGCACUGAGCAGCUUAAAAAAUAUUUUUACUCCUCUUCUUUUUCGAGGACUUCUGUCUUUUCUGACCUGGUGGAUUGCUGCUUGCCUCUUUUCUACAAGCCUUUUUGGGCUUUUCUAUCACCAGUAUCUGACUGUGGCAUGAAUCUCAGUUAACAAAAAAGCAUAUCCAAAUCACACUUUAAAUUCAAAUAUUUGUGCCCUUAAAGGGCUGAUGAAAACCAGAAGAAAGCAAAUACAAUGGAAAAAAAAAAAAAAACAUAUCAGAAUGUCUUGUAUUAAAUGUUUCCUCUGUAUUCUCAGGGUGAAUUAAUGUUGUAAUAUUUAAAAUUACAAAAUAGAUUGUUAACUGUUACACUGUGGCAUUGGAAUUUUAACUCUUUGUAUUUACUGGUAGGAGAGGGCUAUCUACAAGGGUAAUAUUUCUGAUUACCUUGGUUGACAGAAACCUCCAGCAGUCUUUGAAACAUCUCACAUGACUCUAGUUACUGAUUGCUUUUAAUGGUAUUAUGGUACUGUUGAUAGUCAUAGUGGCUGCCUAUAGAACAAUCUUCAAACUGAGCCAUGCUUUAGGAGAGGGAAAGGGGCUAAAGUCUCUUCUGUUGGUAAUAUAUUAGUUACUCUUGAAACAAUAAAAUCCAACAGAAAGGAAGAGAUAGCUACUGUAUAUUACAGUAAAGAAAACUGCAUAGUUAUUUUAAAUUUAAUGGAGAUGAAUAUGGUUAAAAUAUAUAACUACUGCUGCUUGAGAAUAGCAAGAGUAUUGUUUUAAAACAUAUUCUACCCAACUUGAGAGUUCUUUUAAAAUGACUGGCCAUAUGAACAUUUGUAAUCUUGCCAUUAGGUUUGGACCUGCCAUAUUUUAUUUUAUUCUACGAUCCUAAAUAGUUCCUUUUAAUAGGCUAAAAAUAUUUAUCAAUACUGAUCAGACUUUAAAGAAAUUACUUUGUAAACCUGCUGACUACCUGUAUGUAUUGUAUAUAUAUUAUAUAUUAAAUAUAUAAUAUAUUGAGAUUAUAAAAGAUGAAAAUAUUGAAUCCUUAUAAUAUUUUAAGUUGCAGAAUGUAUGUUAAAAAGUGACUUGAAUGAGAUGUAUUUGUAUCUAGAAAUUUUAUUUCUUUUUGGAAUGAGAUUAAAAUACAUUUUGAAAGUUCA